CGGAGUGAGAGGAGGGGAAGGAGAUGGGGUUUCUCAUAUGAGGCCUCCCUGCCUCUCUGCUGUUGGUGGGCAGGGAAGGUGAGGGGUCUUCGAAGCGGAGCAAGAUUUUAGGGUUUUUGGAGGGGGGAAGAUCGUUCGAGGUCCUGAAUCCCUAAGGUUGCUUCUCUUAAUUUGUCAGAGAAAAUUUCUCCGUCUUCUCUCCUUUGGGCAAUUCGCUGAUGGAUGUUCUUCCUUGGUUCAUCUACACUGCAAUCACUUUUCUGAUUGAGCUGCGGAAAGUGCUUGUUUUCCAGGCCUGGGUUAGAAGAUUUUGGCUACUUUCAUCUUUACCUUUUCAGGAGCGUUCUUUUCUCUUGUUGUUGUAUGUGCAAUACAGUUAUAUGUGUCGUUAUCAGAAUUAAGAAUGAACUUGUCUUCUAAGGAUCUUCAGGGUAGCGCAAGCACCAAGCUUAGUGUGUUAAACAAAUCUACAGCUUUAAAUCCAAAUGCUGCAGAAUUUGUUCCUUCUGCGCUUAGGAUUUCUUCUGGAAGCAUUAAUCAUCUUGAUGUAUCAAAGGUUGGUGGGUCUGGUAGCUCAGGCAAGGCAGUUUUAGACCGAAAUGAUUCCACUAUUUCAAGUAAGUCUGAUGAAGAGGCCCACCAGUACUGGCGCCGCCAACUUCCUGAUGAUAUUACUCCGGAUUUCAAGUUUAUGGCUGGGGAUGAGCAGCCAGGGCCUAGUGAGAUCUCACUAGCUGGUUUGUCAUUGCAUGAUGGCAUGGAUUUGUCUAGGUUUUCUUCAUCAAUGAGUAGCAGUCAAUUGCUGAGCAAGGCACGGGAAAUUUCUUUGCAUGGGGUUGAUGAUAAAAGCGACAAUGAGAAUAUGUUGUUCUAUGUUCCUGCAUAUGGAAAAGAACAGUCAUCAUCAGCUUUGUUAACUUUGCCAAGUAAUCCAUGGGACAAACAGUUGCUGAAUAACAAUCAGCAUUUGAGCAAAGGAAGGGAAGAACUUGCUUUAAUAGGGGAUUCGAGUGCUGGGUUCUCAAACGGCUUUCUGAGUGAACAUGUGGGGCUUGAUGACAGCUUUCCUAACCAUUUGACAUUCCUGGCUAAAGAAUUUCCUGGUUUUGCUGCAGAAAGCCUCGCGGGGGUUUACUAUGCCAGUGGAUGUGAUUUGAACUCUACUAUUGAGAUGCUUACACAGCUUGAGGUUCAGGGGGAUGCUGGGCUUAAUCAAAAUAUCAGUUCUAAAACCUUCUCAGCUCCAAAUCUCAGCACCCUUGACUUUUCUGCUCUUUCAGUAGCAGAUUCUCAGAACGACCUACAAAAGUAUGCUGGGGAUGAUAUUGUGCAACCUGUCAACCCCUACAGGUCAAUCGAAAAUGAAAGUUUCCUUUCUGGGAAAUCUAGUUUUUCUGGAACAUCCAGAAAUGCAACAAAUUUUGCAUCAGUGGUACAGAAACUUGCCUCACCAGAGUCUGGUCAUUGGAAGUAUGAAGGAAAUGGUUCAUCUGAGGUGAGUAUAGGCACAAGUAGAACUUCCCAGCAUCUAUCUAACUCCAUUACUGGAAACAGUAGAUCCCUAAAUGGCGGCAGAUUGCAGAAUUAUGGCAUGGGGCACAGAGCUCCUAUCUGGCUUGAUACUGGAGAUGUAAUGGCGAAUAUGUAUUCAGAGCUUAGGGAAGAAGUUCAGGAUCAUGCACAUGUCCGGAAUGCUUACUUUGACCAGGCAAGGCAGGCAUAUCUUAUUGGAGACAGAGCCUUGGCAAAAGAGCUGAGUGUAAAGGGGCAAUUGCACAAUAUGCAUAUGAAGGCUGCUCAUGGGAAAGCCAGAGAAUCUAUUUUCCAGCAGAGAAAUCCUUCUGCUUCUAACAUCCAAGGCUAUGUUAAAGGCCAAGAGCGCAUGAUCGAUUUGAAUGGCUUGCAUGUAAAUGAAGCCAUACAUGUUCUCAAGCAUGAGCUAAGCAUUGUCAGAAACACUGCAAGAACAGCAUCUCAACGCCUGCAAGUGUACAUUUGUGUGGGAAACGGGCACCAAACCAAAGGAUCUCGCACUCCUGCUAGGCUGCCAAUUGCAGUCGAGAGAUACCUGCUUGAAGAAGAAGGCCUGGAGUAUAGUGAGCCGCAGCCAGGACUGCUGCGAGUUGUUAUAUAUUGACGCACUGUAAGGUAUAGGAAGAGUCACUCAUUCCAUUCUUGUAAUUGUGUACAUGAGGAAAAAGGUUACAAAAACCAAAGCUACCUGGUAGAUGGAAAAAGAAAAAAGGAAUUCUGUUUAAAGGUGACUACAUGUCACAUUUUGGAUUCUUUCUUGUGGGGGUGCAUGUAGCCCCUUUCUCAUACUUCAUAUUCUGUACGGGAUGUAAAUUCUGCCUCCGUCUUCUGGAGCCUGUUGCUUAAAUCUGACGAUCCAUGUCUUCCAUAUUCGUUGAUUUAAUGCUCAUUUUGGCAAGCUUAA